GGCUCCUCUGGGUUUUUUUUGAGCCUAUCACCCAACUCCAGCAGGCAGAGAGGCCAAGGGGAGAGCAUGAUGAUGGACCUUUUUGAAACUAGCUCCUAUUUCUUCUACUUGGACGGAGAAAAUGGAGCUCUGCAGCAGCUGGAGAUGGCAGAGGGGUCCCCCCUGUACCCAGGCAGCGAUGGCACUUUGUCCCCCUGCCAGGACCAAAUGCCCCAAGAAGCCGGGAGUGACAGCAGUGGAGAGGAGCAUGUGCUGGCACCCCCAGGCCUACAACCCCCUCAUUGCCCCGGCCAGUGUUUGAUCUGGGCUUGUAAGACCUGCAAGAGGAAAUCGGCCCCCACCGACAGGAGGAAAGCAGCCACUCUGCGGGAGAGGAGGCGGCUGAAGAAGAUCAACGAAGCCUUCGAGGCUCUGAAAAGGAGGACUGUGGCCAACCCCAACCAGCGGCUGCCCAAGGUGGAGAUCCUGAGGAGUGCCAUCAGCUACAUAGAGAAGCUGCAGGAUCUCCUGCACAGGCUGGAUCAGCAGGAGAAAAUGCAGGAGAUUGGGGGAGAUCCUUUUAGCUUCAGCCCCAAGCAGGGAAAUAUCCCAAGUUCAGAUUUCCUGAGCACCUGCAGCUCCGACUGGCAAAAUGUUUCUGAUCAUUCCAGAGUGCUAGCACUCAGCGCCAAAGAAGGAGCCUCCAUCGUUGAAUCUUCAGCCUCUAGCAGCCUUCGUUGUCUUUCUUCGAUAGUGGACAGUAUUUCUUCAGAAGAUCCCAAACUUCCCAGCGUGGAGGAAGUGGUAGAGAAGUAGAUCUGCAUUUGGCAUGGUAGUAUUUUGAACGCAGAUAACAAGGAACUCACCCCACAACCUAUAAAUGAAAUAAUGAAUUAAUUUAAUAUUUUAGCAAUCCCAGACAGGGGCCUUGUUAAAGGCACUGGUAGGCAGAUAAAGUUGAAUCUUCUUAAAAAGAAAUGUUCCUCCGAUAAUUGUACAAUCCAAUUCUUUCUUUCU